AUGUGUGUGAUGGACAGAGACACAAACAAGAAUUCCACACAGGUUCAACCUGUUCUCGGACUGGUCUUGGGAAGUAUCUCAUUGAUUACAGUUGUCAUGAAUAUUUUGGUCCUGUAUGCAGUGAAAACAGAAAAGAAAUUGCAGACAGUUGGCAAUCUUUAUAUUGUGAGCCUUGCAUGUGCAGAUGUUAUAGUUGGUGCAGCUGUCAUGCCACUAAAUAUUGUAUAUCUGUUGAAGGACAAGUGGGUACUGGCUAGGAAAGCUUGCCUGUUUUGGCUUUCAAUGGAUUAUGUGGCCAGUACAGCCUCCAUAUUUAGUCUCUUCAUCCUCUGCAUAGAUCGUUACCGUUCUGUCCAACAGCCACUAAAAUAUCUCAAGUACAGGACCAAAACGAGAGCCUCUAUCAUGAUCUCAGUAGCUUGGUCGCUCUCUUUUCUGUGGGUUAUCCCAAUUCUUGGCUGGCGUAAAUUUACACAUGACAACAGCACAACCAGUGGGGCUGAUGAUGAAAAGAUAUGUGAAACAGAUUUUUGCAAAACCACAUGGUUUAAAGUCCUGACAGCCAUGAUCAAUUUUUAUGUCCCAUCAGUACUGAUGCUGUGGUUCUAUGCCAAAAUAUACACUGCUGUUCGGAAGCAUUGUCAGCAUCGAGAGCUCAUAAAUGGGUCGUUUAAGUCUGCCUCAGUUAGAACAGUUGUACACAAUGGAAAACCGCAAGAAAUGCAACAGAUUUGUCCCCAAAGUGUAAGUAAAGAUAUAGACUGUAUCAUUAAGGAAAAUCAUCCAAAUAAAAGGAUGGAGGCCUCAAAUUCACUGAGCAGAUUCCUUAAAAUUCCAAAUGUUUUUCAUAGAGGAGGUGACCAUGAAGUAGGCGUAGUGAAACUCAGCUGUUUUCCUCUAGAACAGGAUGACAUGGGAACAGUCAAUACAGACAGCAAGUAUGCUUGUGUCAAUGAAUGCAUUCAAAACACAGAAUGUCUUUGCCCCCAAGAUUAUGAGUUUAGCAGAGUAUCAGAGGAACACACUUUUGCAGAUAGAUCUUCCUCUAGAAAGAACUCUGAUUCCACUCAGGAACAAGAUUGUUCUGCAGGGAAUUGCUUUCCUCAGCAUACCAGCAGAAAAGACAGUACAAGUCUCAGGUACCUGAAAAAGACAUGGGGGAGGCUGCGUACUCAUUCUAUUGGCAGCCAAGGGUUGCGUGGGAACAGAGAGAGGAAAGCAGCCAAACAGUUAGGUGUAAUAAUGGCAGCCUUUAUGCUGUGCUGGUUUCCAUAUUUUGUGUUAUUUAUGGUCAUGGCCUAUUGUGAAAACUGUUACAAUCGCACUGUUCACAUGUUUACUAUUUGGCUUGGCUACGUGAAUUCUACAUUAAAUCCAAUUAUAUACCCACUCUGUAAUGAGAACUUCAAAAAGGCUUUCAAAAAGAUCUUUCAUAUUAAAGCCUAAUUUGUCUUGGAGAAUAUUAUACUGAGGGAGGGGGAAUAAGCAGCAUUUAUGUGAGAAAGGAAAACUAAACCUUCAAGGAUUCUGGAGAACAACUGCAAAAGGAGCAGAUGAUUUCAGGAAAUCCUUGAGAAACUAAGUGCAAAAUGAAAGGAAAAAAAAAAAAAGAGGAAGCACAGUCUUUCCUCAGCUGUGGGUGUAAGCUGUGGGAUUUUUUUUAAGAAAAAGAAUGA